UAAAGCAAAUUGAGAAAUUACAGUAAAACGGCCGACGCCAAGAACCAUCGAGCAACCGCGCGAACUUCUCCUCCGUCCUUUAACGCAACCUUUCGCAACGUCCUUCACCACCGCCGUCUCCGUUCAAGCAGAGGACGUGCUUGUAUCCGCCCCUCCUAAAUCGCAUCUGGUCGGUUUAGCUCGAUCAUCCACAGCUACAAGGAAAGAAUAAAGGUUCAUGACAAUCCGCCGUCGAAUACGAUUCCGGCUUCCUAUCAUUUUCCUCUUGUACAGUUCGAUUCUUCUUACCUGGAUGCCAGAACUGAUGACAUCAGCAGUAGUUACGCUUGAUUCAAUUGAAAUAUUCACAACUCAUGAGUUGUUCGGAUUCAAACCGACUGUUUACUUUCGGUGUAAAGGGGAAAACAUGACAGUUUUGCCUGAUGUGAAGCAAAAAGACUAUUUGUAUAACUUCACAGGUGAAGAAUCUUGGCAGCCUCUGACAGAACUUUUAGAUAAGAAAUGCAAACGAUGUGGGUUUUAUGAGGAGGACAUGAUAAAAUUAGAUGAUACAUUUGAUGAGUGGGAAUUUUGUGUUUCUGCAUUUACAAGUGCUGAUGGCAAAUACACCCAUUCCAAGGAGAACGAGUUCAAUGCAACAUUUUUGUGUCUAGAGUGUGUCCCUCUUGUAGGUGCACCGGUUCACUCUGAUUACGGAAAUGAGAAAAAGGGAAUGGACUGGACUCUAGUACUGCUAAUAUCAGCUUUGGUCUCAGCUGUUUUGAUUGUUGGAGGGCUAACUGCAUACAAGUAUUGGCAAAAAAGGAGAAGACAACAGGAGCAAGCACGGUUCCUGAAACUAUUUGAAGAGGGGGAUGACAUUGAGGAUGAAUUAGGCAUUGGUCCUCUCACCCGUGUGAUAUAGAUACUGGUACACUUCUAUCAUAAUCAUCAUCAUCAUUAUUUUGGAGUGGUGGUAGGGUAUAUAUCUCUCAUGCAAAUGAUCAUUUUCAUCUGUAAUGCUAAAGUUAGUGAUGCAAGGCUCUCCACAUGUAGCAGUAUAGAACUAUUGCUGUGUACAGAGAAACAUACAACGCUAAUUAUAUUCACAUGUAUAAGUUUUUUUUUUGUCCCAA